GAGAAAGUGAAUUUCUGGUUGGGUUGUUUGCCCUUGCCCUACUAGGGGAAGGGAAGUGGGUAUGUGUUGACUCCAUUAAUGAUUUUAGAUUUGGAUUCAGUUUGAAGAUUUUGGUAUUUAUUCCAAGGGAGAACUUACAACAAUGGUUGACUGAUUAAAAGCACGCUAUCAGUUGUUGUACACGCACAUCUUGUUACUGAAAUCUUUUCGAAUGGAUCCCAGGCCUGUUCCAGCUUAUUGCCGUCAGCAUCAAUACUGGACCAAGAAUUUUUGUUCAGUGGUCUCCACUUGGGACAUACUUAGCCACUGUUCACUGACAAAGUGCUGUUGUGUAGGGAGGUGCAUCCACCUUUGAUCGCCUUUAGCGAUGUGCCCAUCCACAGGUUAAGCUCAUUGAUUACUCUCCCGGGAAAAAUUGGUUGUUCACGUAUAACUGCCAGCAAUCCUCGCGAUACACAUAGAGUUUUCUUGAAUGCGAGACUUCAAGGGAAGUGCUGAUGAGUUUGCUGCUGGUGGAGCUGGGGGUGUAUCUGGAGUCUCAUGGCCCGUUUUUAGAUGAGGCGGUGGAAUAUAUGAUAAGUAUUUUGCCAAGCUUGGAAAGAAUAUUAUCUCUAUUUAUGAGGCAGAGACUUUCACCCUUACUGAUAACUGAUAAGAAGUCUUGAAAGGUUCAGAAUGUGCUCGACUUCAGUUGGUCACCUGCUGAUCUCAGCAUUACUCUCUUUGCUCCGAAGUUCGUUCGAGCUAACCAACCCGUAAAAGUGAGUCUUUUUCAAAUUCCUGGUAAAGAGUAACUCAAGUAGAAGAAUCUCUCAGUGUCAGUGAUUGCAAAAUGUACUGGCAAAGCUAUGGAUAUUACCUUGUGGUUAUGGUUGGGUAUACAGUGUACCAAAACCAAGAAAAGCACGUGUACUGAUUUUGAGCUUUUCCGAAUCAAAGAAAGAGAUAUGACCUGAAGGACAUAGAUUUGCUUUUGACAGUGUUCUUAAUCUUCUCUAUAGUAUGUGGAUUAUUUCUUUAAUAUGUUGCAACUGCUGUUACUUCUUCAUGAACUGGAAAAUGGGUUCAACAUUUGGUCUUUCGAUAGAAAGCUACUGUACAGGCACUCAAGUGAGGACUUGGUGAUUAUGGCUUAUGCUUGGGUGCCUAAAGGACAUAUCUUUUCUGUUUUCCAUGGAGAAGCUCAAGGGAAUGAAUGCAAAUGCCCUCCUUCUGGCAGUUUCAUACUUGUUGCUGGGUUGAAACAUCUCAAUUGACAGUUGGAACACUAGGACGUUGAUGAGCUUGAAACCAUGGCCACUGGGAGCAUUUUAUGGCAACAGAAAUUGAUGAAGAUCCCACUGGAAGAUAUGUUGCAACUGCUGUUAUUUCCAUUCAUAAAAUGAAAAAUAGGUUCAACAUCGUCUUUCAAUGGAAAGCUACUGUACAGGCCCCCAAGGGAUCACCGAUCACACGUCUAUGAGUUUUUGUGGCGCCCAAGGCCACCAUCCUUCUUGACUGCUGAAAAGGAAGAAGAAAUUGCUAAAAACCUCAAGAUAUACAGGAAGAAGUGAUCGAGGACCAAGAUGUCAAUGCUCAAGUGAGCUAGCAAGCUAAAGAAGGCAGCUGCAAGAGUCAUGGGCAUCUGAUUCAUGAAUUGCCGGAAAUUCAAACAGUUACACAGCACCGUUCGGAGUUCAGCCCAAGCCCGACCAAUAAUAUGCACAACCUUAAACCCGGCCCAACUAACCCAUUUCAAAAAAUUGCGCGUGAGAGAGUUCCAGAUGUUUCUAGAAUAAUCCCACUUUCCCAAACUUAAAUCCAACGGGUCAUAACUCCCGGAAGAAAAGAACCUUCUGGAAAUAACCAGCUCUUUCCAAACCUGAAACCUCCUUUAACUCCUUUCCUAAAUACAACUCCACCGCCGGAAGCUUCACGAAUCAAAUUCUUAUCUUAUAUAUAAGCACAUCUCGUCCCCCCCUGAAAACUCAUUCAAUACAAUCUUUUCUUCUCAGAAACAAACUUGUGCAAAAUUUUCUUUUUCUUCUUUAGUUUCAAAGAAUGGCUGAAGGACCUGCGAUUGGUAUAGAUUUAGGCACAACUUAUUCAUGUGUUGGAGUAUGGCAACAUGAUAGAGUUGAGAUCAUUGCUAAUGAUCAAGGAAACAGAACAACACCUUCAUAUGUUGCUUUUACUGAUACUGAGCGGUUGAUCGGUGAUGCUGCUAAGAAUCAGGUUGCCAUGAACCCUGUCAACACCGUCUUUGAUGCAAAGCGUUUGAUUGGAAGAAAGGUUUCUGAUCCAUCAGUUCAGGCUGAUAUGAAGCUAUGGCCUUACAAGGUUACAGCUGGACCAGCUGAAAAACCCGUCAUUACUGUCACUUACAAAGGCGAAGAGAAGCAAUUUUCAGCUGAAGAAAUCUCAUCUAUGGUUCUCAUCAAGAUGCGCGAGAUUGCAGAGGCGUACCUUGGUUCUUCUAUAAAGAAUGCAGUUGUUACCGUACCUGCAUACUUCAAUGACUCGCAGCGUCAAGCUACAAAGGAUGCUGGUUCCAUUGCUGGUCUUAAUGUCCUGAGAAUCAUCAACGAACCAACUGCUGCUGCAAUUGCUUAUGGUCUUGAUAAGAAAUCAUCGAGUACAGGGGAGAAGAAUGUUCUAAUUUUUGAUCUUGGUGGUGGUACAUUUGAUGUUUCCUUGCUGACUAUUGAAGAGGGUAUCUUCGAAGUGAAGGCUACGGCUGGAGAUACUCAUCUUGGAGGAGAAGAUUUUGACAACAGGAUGGUCAAUCACUUCGUGCAAGAGUUUAAGAGGAAGAAUAAGAAGGAUAUCACUGGAAAUCCAAGGGCAUUAAGAAGGUUGAGGACAGCUUGUGAGAGGGCUAAGAGGACUCUUUCAUCCACUGCCCAGACUACAAUUGAAAUUGAUUCUCUCUAUGAGGGUGUUGAUUUCUACACAUCUAUUACUCGUGCCAGAUUCGAAGAGAUGAACAUGGAUUUGUUCAGGAAGUGUAUGGAACCAGUCGAGAAGUGCUUGAGAGAUGCUAAGAUGGACAAGAGCAGUGUUCAUGAUGUUGUUCUGGUUGGUGGAUCAACUCGGAUUCCUAAAGUGCAGCAACUGUUGCAGGAGUUCUUUAAUGGCAAGGAACUCUGCAAGAGCAUUAAUCCCGAUGAAGCUGUGGCUUAUGGAGCGGCUGUGCAGGCUGCCAUUUUGACUGGUGCAAGUAAUGAUAACUUGAAUCAGAUUUUGCUGUUGGAUGUUGCUCCUCUCUCUCUUGGGCUCGAAACUGCCGGAGGGGUUAUGACUACUUUGAUCGCAAGAAACACCACCAUUCCCACCAAGAAGGAGCAAGUUUUCUCAACCUACGCCGACAACCAACCUGGAGUGCUGAUUCAGGUGUUUGAAGGGGAGAGGGCAAGAACCAGGGAUAACAACUUGCUUGGUAAAUUUGAGCUUUCUGGAAUUCCACCUGCGCCUCGUGGUGUCCCUCAGAUCACUGUUUGCUUCGACAUUGACGCAAAUGGUAUUCUUAAUGUAUCUGCUGAGGACAAAACUACAGGGAAGAAAAACAAAAUCACCAUCACAAACGAUAAAGGAAGGUUGUCCAAGGAGGAGAUUGAGAAGAUGGUGCAGGAGGCAGAGAGGUACAAGACAGAGGAUGAGGAACACAAGAAGAAAAUCGAGUCGAAGAAUGGUUUGGAGAAUUAUGCUUACAAUAUGAGAAAUACCAUCAAGGAUGAGAAGAUUGCUGGGAAGUUAGCACCAGAAGACAAGAAGAAGAUUGAGGAUGCCAUUGAAGCUGCUAUCCAGUGGCUUGACAGCAACCAGCUCGCAGAGGCGGAGGAAUUUGAUGAUAAGAUGAAGGAGCUGGAGAGUCUGUGCAACCCAAUCAUCGCCAAGAUGUAUCAAGGUGGUGCUGGACCUGACAUGGGUGGUUUUGGUGGCAUGGGCGAGGAUGGUCCUUCAAUGGGCGGUGCUGGUAGCACUGGUGCAGGACCUAAGAUUGAAGAGGUUGAUUAAGUGGAGGAUUUUUUUUUUGGGUAGCUCAGUUUUAGUUUAUUCUUUUUAAAUUUUUUUAAGCUUUUAUUUUGGUGGUACAGUCUGGAUGUUGGUUGAAGUUCAGAUACCAAAUGGAAAUAUUUCAGUUUUAGUUUGUUAAUUAUUUUUUAAAUUUUGAUUUCUUUGUUAUUCUGUCUGAAUCUUAAAUAGCUGCUUGCUA